AUGGCUUUGGCUGAUGACAGUAGUGUGAACACUUCUUCUGGAACAACUGCUUUGACAGUUCUUGUACUUGGAAGGCUACUAAUGGUGGCGAACGCAGGAGAUUGCCGUGCUGUUCUUUGCCGGAAAGGAGAGGCCAUCUAUAUGUCUCAAGAUCAUAGACCCAAUUAUGCAUUGGAGCGAAAGCGGGUAGAGGAAUUGGGCGGGUUUAUUGAUGAUGGUUAUCUCAAUGGUGUUCUUUCAGUAACUCGGGCACUUGGGGAUUGGGACAUGAAGUUGCCUUGGGGUUCUCCUUCUCCUCUUAUUGCAGAGCCAGAAUUUCGUCAAAUUGUUCUGACGGAGGAUGAUGAAUUCCUCAUAAUGGGGUGUGACGGGAUAUGGGACGUGAUAUCUAGUCAACAAGCAGUUAGCCUCAUGCGUCGUGGACUGAGACGGCAUGACGACCCUGAGCAAUGUGCCAAGGACAUUGUAAUGGAGGCCCUGCGACGCAGCACUUUUGACAAUCUCACAGUCAUCAUAGUUUGUUUCACUUCCCUCGAUCACCCAGAACCAUCACCAGCACGCCAACGGAAACUAAGGUGUUGCAGCCUGUUAGCUGAGGCUCUGUGUCGCUUGAGGUUUCUCCUCGACAGGAAUGGCAACCAUUGA